AUGGCGACAUUAUUCAAAGAAGAGAUAUGUGACGUGCUAAUUUGUGGUGCAGGUCCCAUUGGUUUAUUCCUGGCUAAUGAAUUAGCUGAAUUUGAAAUCAAUUUCCGUAUCAUCGAUAAGAUCAAAACGCAUUCAAAUUUUUCAAAGGCUCUCUUGAUAGCGCCCAGAACUUUGGAAAUUUUUGAUAAUAGGCAAUUUUCAUAUCCAUUAUCCAUUCUUUAA